AUGUCCGAAGACAACAUCUCCGCUGCCCCUCUCCCCGAGGUCACAACUCCGGAGCCUCGCCCCGAAACAGAUAUACUUCCUGAUGUCAAGGAUACUGCAGGCGCGAACGACAGCGAUGUUGUGGCAAGCGCGCCCGAGCCUGAAAAGGAAGUCGCGCCAGAAGUCUCCGCAGAAGUCGCGGAUGCUCCUGCGACCGACACUACAAACAGCGACCAAGCCUCUGACAAGCUCAUCGAAGACAAAGCAGUCGCCAUCUCACAAGACACCGAAAUGAAGGACACCAUAGUGGACAAUGAAGCUGCCUCAGCUCCAGUAUCCGCCAGCGAGUCUGCAGAGCUCGCUGUUGCUACCCCAGCCUCGAGUAGCAAGGCGAAAGCCCCUCGACGCAAAUCUGGAGUUCCGGAACACAAGGGCAAAAAGCUCAACAGGAAGGCUUCUAGGGUAAAGAUGACACAUACAGAUGCUAAGCCGGGCGACUACUUCUUUGUCAGACUGAAGGGUUUCCCAUUAUGGCCGGCAAUCGUUUGUGACGAAACGAUGCUCCCAGAACCCCUGCUGAAAUCGCGACCUGUAACUGCAGCAAGAGCAGACGGCACGUACCGCGAGGAUUAUGAAGAUGGAGGCCCCAAGGAGAAGGAUCGCACCUUUGCUAUGAUGUAUUUGCACACGAACGAAUUUGGCUGGAUUCCUAAUUACGAUCUCCUUGACUUGAACCCGGAUGAAGUUGCCACCAGUGUCGCGCCAAGCACGCGGAAAGACCUGGUUGCUGCUCAUCAACUAGCUGCGGAGCAGCAUGAUUUGGAUUAUUUCAAGCAAAUACUUAAGAAUUUUGUUGAGGCGCGCGCCGCUGAGGCAGCUGCAAAAGAAGCUUUCCGCGCUGCUAAGGCAGCAAAAAAGUCUACUCCCAAGAAGGCAAAAGUUAUCGUAGAUGUCGAUGGCGAUGUCGACAUGGAGGACGCUACUGGUGAACCUGAAAACGAAGAACUGGAUGUCGCAGGAUCUGUGAAGCCUGCGAAGCCUACGAAGAGCAAGAAGCGCAAGUCUGAUGACGAUGCUGAGCGAACCGACUCCGUCAAGAAACCGAAGACCACAAUUAAGCUGAACACCCCGAAGGCCAACGGUACAGCUACACCAAAAUCUACCAAAGACUCCGCUGUUAAAUCGACUAAGCCGAAGACAAAAAAGUCUGCUGCGAAAGUCGCUGCCAGCCCUGAAGCAGUUAUGCCAAAGGAACCAGAGCUCACACCCGAGGAGAAGCAGAUUAAGAAAGAGGCAAGUUGUAUUUGCCUUAAAGAGAUAUUGUUCUUGCGACAUAAGCUUCAGAAAGGCCUGUUGACCAGAGAUCAAGAGCCAAAGGAGGAAGAGAUGAAGCAGAUGUCCGAAUUUGUGACCAAAUUAGAGGGAUACGCAGACCUCGAAGUCAGCAUUAUCAGAGCCACAAAGAUCAACAAGGUUCUUAAGGCAAUUUUGAAAAUAAACACUAUCCCCAAGGAGGACGAGUUUCAGUUUAAGCCUCGAUCUACCGCCCUCCUCGACAAGUGGAACAAGCUUCUCGCGAGCGAGCAGAGUACGCCUGCUGGUGGGGCAUCAGCAAACGGCAUUGGAUCUGAAGCCAAGCCAAGCGCAGAGGAUGCGAAGCCCUCUUCAACAGAGCCUACUAAUGGUGUGAAAGAGGCGACCGAGGAGCCAAGAGUGGAUGCCAAAAUUGACGAGCAGCCCGCACCCGCUGAAACUUCAGCUUCCGAGGCAAAAGAGGAACCCAAGACUGUAGAUGCUGCAGCGUCACCUGUUGAAGAACCCUCAAAGGUAUGCGAGAUUCUCUGA